AUGGUCCGUGUCACUGACGAGCUGGCUCUCUCGCCAGAGCAUGUCACUCUUUAUCAUACCAGCGAUCCAUUGCUCGGCCACCUGCCUGUCCUCGUCUUCCACGGCCCCUCGACGACCGCAAACUAUACCCUCAACAGCUCGCGCCUUCAGAUCCACGUCUGUAGUCCAGCCGGUGUGCAAUCCUACCCUCGCAUUACCAUCUCACCAAAUUCUCCCUUCUAUGCCGCCGUCAACUACCUUCCUCGCGAGUUCCAGGGCGACGAGAUCUGCCGGGGGCUCGCCUUUGGUAUUUUCAAAUACUUCACCGAGCUCCCUCAUUCGGUCAAAACACAUCUCAAGAACCAAUACCCUACGACUCGAGGUCGCCGGCCUGGGUCCGCCCCGGCACUUUUUAAUGAGCAGCAUGCCGCCGAUCUGGCCAAGGCAAUGGCGAAGGCGGAAAACACCGCCGAUACCAUACAGACGUUGCAGGCGGCCUUCCAGACACAGCACGUCAACAAUGUCGACGUCGACUUUGUGCUACCCCCCGGUGCGAUAGUCCCACUCAACCCGGACGAUCUGGAGGAUGUACCCGAGGACGAGGAUGACAUUUUGGAUCCAACUCUGCGCCAAUAUGGAAUGUACACGCCUUUGGUAAAGCUUUUUGGCGAGCCUGUCUUCUUGCCAACGUCCAAGCUCCGGCGCGCCCCUUCGAAACCUAGCUCGCUCAACCGGGGGAGGUCCUACACCAAGGAUCAAAAGAUUGAGCUGCGGAUGAAGAUGGGCGAGCUGGUAGAUACGGAGGAGCGGUACGUGGUCAAGCUGAAUGAGCUUGUCAACCACAUUGCCGAUGACUUUAGACAUAGCGCAAAGAACCGGUCCGCAGAGAGUCUGAGCCCUACCGAGGAGGAGAUAGACAGACUGUUUCCGCGCUCCGCCGAACGCAUCCUCCAAAUCAACACAGGCUUCAUGCAAGCAUUGCGAAAGGUCAUGGACGAUACGGAGGAGGAUGCAAUUAACGACGCCGAGAACACGUCUAUGAGCUCCCGAGCUGGAGGCUCGAUCCGGGUGAAAGAUCCCAGCGGGGCUCUCGCCAUGGCGCGAACUUUCUUGGAGUGGUUUCCGAAAUUCACCGAUUGCUAUCAGGAAUAUAUUCGCGCCAGUCAGAAUUUCCCACAGCUGCUGAACUCAUUCCUCGACAAGGAGUCAAGUUUCCGCCACCGCAUAGCACAGACUGGCGAGCAAGCUGUCCGUUCGAUCCUCAUCGAGCCGGUGCAAAGACUGCCGCGCUAUAGUCUGUUUAUUGAUCAAAUAAUAGGCUCCUUACCAAUCACACAUCCUGCUUUGCAGCUCAUGCUUCGAGCACGAGACAUAAUCACGAAUAUAUGCUCCAUGGACGAACCACUGCAGGACAAGCCACCCGUCACACAUCGCCUCCGAAAUUUGGUUGAGAGUUGGCCGAUCGAUCUGGAGCCACAGGGGAGGUUGAUAAUGGCAACCGACUUUCUUGAGCUCGCCCCGCCCUACAACAACUGCACCGAGGCCGCUUUGCAGGAUCGUGCAGGCAUAUUUCUCGUCUUCUCCGACUGCAUCGUGAUGCUGAAGAAGAAAUCAAAUUCAACAUUGAAAGGCCGCGAUUUGAUACGCGAGGUUGACAAGCCGUCUCCCGCGGGAUUACUUGCCUCCAUGACAAACGCAGCAGGAGGCCCUGGAUACUACGAAACUGCAUUUGCUGGAUGGCACAGCAUAGCAGAUGUUCGGUUCACCGAAUCAGCAGAUAAUCGUAUGGUCUGGAUGACGUCAACGCAGGACAUGAAAGGUGCACAUGCCGGAGGCUAUGCCAGCGGCAAGGCGGUAACAUCGCGUUGCUUUCUCCUGCAGGAACAGUUUGAGGCUAAGGCGUCACGAUGGAGUGAAGAUAUCGUCAAGUCCAGGAUAGAAGCGCGCUUCCCCGAGAAGGAACGGGAAGACCCGACCUGGACACUCCGAUCCGUCAGGAUGCCUGACAACAACAUGGGACUACAUGCAGCCGUUUUCCAAGAGGGCGCUGAUCAACUCAUUGAGGGGCGAAGGGAGCCAGCUCCUAUUCGCAUAGUUCUUGACACGGACAAGGGGACGAAAUCAGCGCCCGUCGGACAUUACGGCGUGGAGAUACUAAUAGAGGUCAAGUGCAGAGACGCAAAGAGCAAAGUCAGCAUGAAUACUCUGGGGCUCAACGGCAAGCGGUUUACGGAUGAUGUAGCGCUAGAGGACUUUUUGCCGACGGUCUCAAGACGAAUCAUCCAGCUAUUGAGCCAGCAGUUUAACGUCGGGAACCACUUCUUGGCCCCGGCAUUAGUCUCUUACUAUACUAAAACGCUGCGCGGGCUGAAUCUGUCAUCGAGAGCGGAGAAGACGAGAUCCUUCUUAGCUUCCUCACCUGUGAAGCUCUUAUCGAGCUUCUUGGGGGGUUCGUCUAUAUCUGGAGAAUCUUCCGGUCCAUCGAAAUUGCAGAAACCCCAACUCCUGAACUCGUCCAGCUCCAGCCUAUUCCCGCCGGUACUAAGCCGUUCUAACAGCUCUUCAACAAGUCGACAUGAAAUCACAUCCUUAAGCGGCUCCAUCAGGGAUAAGGAUGCCAUCAAAACUGAUGAGGACCGACCAGAAAACCCACUGGUGCGGCUCGAACAGACCUUCACCGGGUAUGUGGCUGUUUUGCAGUCAAGGAAAGGACAUUUCGUUGGGAGAACGCUCCUGAACAGAUCUUCUGCGGACGAGCUGUCGAUAAACGAUCUGUACAACCGGCUGAUAGAAUCACCGUUUGACUGGGACGCUUCCGCGGACCUUCCAUCCGAAGUAAUAUUCGCUGCGUUUGAGAAAUUCACACGCAUUGCGUGGCGCGACCAAAUGGGGCCGAUCAUGACGGUCCAGGCCCUGGACGCUCUACAAGAGCGAGCUGCCAGGAGGGUGCCGGGAGAUUUUGCAGACUUUGUAAACUAUCUCUUCGCUGACAUGGCCCCGCAGAACCGCAGGGCCUUCACGGCGCUGAUCAAGCUGCUUGCCGACCUGUUGGAUGGAUGCGCUAACGACGGCGACCGAGGAGCUCUCACGGUAGCUUUCGCUGAGGUGCUGGCUCUCGACGGCAACCCCAACGUCUACAUCAAUCUCCUUGAUCGACUGGUAGAGGAUUGUGAUCGCAUUUUUGAGGAAAUUGGGUUCGGAUCUAACCCUGGUUUCCGCGGCUCGGCUUAUGAGUCUAUGAACUCGAUGACAAGAAGCCAGAAGUCGGCGACGGGAUCCUUGACUUCAAACACCUCAUCGCUUCGACGGAAACUCGGGUUCGAUACCCUCUUGCGACAAAACAGCAGCAGCAAGGACUCUGAGCGUCCCUCCAUGUGGAGGAGUCUGAGCAAGCACGGCAGACAUCCCGCAACUGGGGAAAGUUCCAGCCUAUCAAAGGCGUCAGCAGGAAGGGCGAGGUCAAUAGACAUGGGGAUGCCCUCCCCCAACAGGUUGCGGCGCCCUGGCUCCCGCGACAGACCACCAGUUGCUGGGGCCUUUGACGAUAUCAUGACCCGACCCGCCAGCUCGCACCGUCUGGAGACGAUUGGGGAGCCAGAAGUUGAAAUCAUACCAGAGAGGCCACUAAAAAUCAAGAGGCGAAGCUCUCUAUCAGAUCUGAAGAGUCUGAUGGCAGCAGCAAGCCUCGAAGAUACUCCCCCAUUGCCACUGCGCAUAAACAAGCAGACUUCGGAAAAGUUCAAUUCGACAACAAAGUUGCCGACUCCUUCGAAGAUACCAGUGAGCCCCCGGACGCUGCAGGGGGCAGUAAUGUCGCCACGUCAAAAGGAGAACUUUGCAGAACCCGGGCUGGGGCUGGGGCUGAAGGCAUCGCUUACCUCACCACCUCUGGAAAAGCCAUCGCAUUCUAAGAGCAUGUCGACUUCCCAAAUUCCUACAUUACGAAUAACGCGCAAUCUUGCAUUAGGUCAACCUGAUUUGCUAGGCCGUUCCCAGACCAGUCCGACCAAGUCGUCGUCAACACAAAAGCUAAGGCUCCAGUCACCCCAGAAGCUUCGCGAGCGCCUGCAGUCAGAAAAGAAGGCGGCAGAUGAUGUCGACGCCUCGCUGCAGUCAGAGUUGUCCCGCAUAACUGAGGACAUGGCUCGAGUGAACGGUUCCAUGCCACCUCGGUCGGACACCACGUCUGCAGAGGUGCGCAGGCUACAGGCCAGUAUCAGAGCGCUAGAAGAACGCCUCUACCAUGCAACGACCGAGUCCUCGCAGCGCCAUGCGGCCAUUGAGCGCGACAUGGAGACGACAAUGAAGGCCAAUGAGGCCAAGGUGCGAGGUAUUGACCAGCUGUACAAAGAAUCCAUGGCGGAGAACGAGCUUCUCUACGAAAAGUUCAACUCGGAGCUGGGCAAGAUCGUCAAGGCGUUGAAGGGCAAGGGCCGCGAGGACAAGGAAGAGCUGGUGGCAAAACUCAAGGAGCAGAGUGAGGAGACCGCUCGCGUCAAGAAGGAGAACGCACGGCUGCGCAGAGAUAUUGUCAGCUUGAGGACCUUGCUGAAGGGUGGUGAGAGUUGA